CUUUAAAUGUUGUUUGGGAGGUGCUUUACUGUAUUCCGAUAUCAUUUAUGUCAGACUUAAGCUUGUAAAGACGUGCAGUAUAGAGCAGUCAAAAUGUACCAGCAAAUUGUGGUGUAUUAUAUGUUCACACUUUUAAAGCUUUCUGAAGGAAUGACAGAAUUUCCAUGUAAGUUUCCUUGUCCGUGGCACAAUAAAACAUUUGAGUUUUACAGUUCAGUUAAGACUACAAGAACAUGGAGGUUUAACGCUGAUGGCCAAACACUCUUCACUAGGGAUUCGAUGGACAUCGGUCAAUUUAUCCGCAAAUGUUAUCAAAUUACAGAACGAUUCAUUAUUCUUAGGGAUGGUGAUAGUCAGUACUUUAGAUGCUACCCGAUUUAUUAUAAUCCUGAAAUUCCUCUAGAGUUUAUACUGGGAAUCGGGGGUAUUUUUAGUUCUAUCAACCAGACAGGAGAAUUUACAGAUUUAUGUGAAUUUUGUAAAGAGCCGAGUUAUACAUGGAUUCUUUCUGCAACAGGACCACCGUCUAUCUCCACACUGUCGCUUGACUGCACUAGACCAUCAGGAUGUUCCCCGCCUGGUAAAGUUUGUAAUACGAGUGACACCAUCCCUAAAGCAUGCCCAACAACUGCAACACCAACUAUUACAGCAGAUCCAAAAACAAAGAAGAGCCACUGUGGAAAGAAGAAGCACAGUCGUCCAUGAAUUGAGGCAAAGACAAAAGAAGACAAUCGUUAAAUGUGUCACCUAACAGUUAAGACACAAAUAAAAAUUAAUCAAUCAAAUUUUGAUUUGUUAUAUGCCAUAAAAAAUAUAUAUAUUUAAAGAAUUCGUUAUCUGUUGAAUCUUA